GUAAGUAAGGUUUCACAACCCAAACGAAACCAAAAUGCCAAAAAGAGAAAGACUCGACCCUUUGAUCCUAUGAAAAAUCGUUGUUGAAGGAUUGAGUUGUUUUCUAUGGCAGGUUUAUCCAUUCAUUUAUAUACUGAUAGAGAAAUAGCCCAAGUUUUGGAAAGUCAAUGUGGUAUAAAACGUCUCUUAGAUUUCUUUCAAGUGGAGGACCUGUCCUACUUGACAGAGAAAACAGGAAUACCUUUAGAGCGUUGGAAACUUGUACACCAACAAAUCCUUCUACACUUUGGCUGUAAUUGGAAGACUGCAAGUGAGUUGGAAACCCAUCAUCCAUCUCUAGCGUCUGUUGGCCAAGUAGAAACUUGUGUCGGACAGCACUUUUUACAUAGUAUUUUGGAAUAUAUCAAAAGCACAGUAAUAGUGGAAGUUGCUGGAAGGUCAAACUGUGGCAAGAGCGAACUCUUAUAUCAAAUUGGGUUAUUUGCCAUUUCAUAUAUGCCUGUAUAUCUCUUUACUACAAGUAAAAGAGCUGCUUGUGCAAGACUUGCUACUUUACGCCGUUGGAUAGGUCCAGAAUCCACGGAGUUGUAUGAACAUUUUUAUAUCGAUGAAUGUAUCGAUUUUUAUAGACUUUGCAAUUCUCUUGAGUCUUUAGAAAGUUGUCUUGAGCAUAGUGCCGCGACGGAUAUAAACUCUAUCGCUUGCAACGCUUUGAUACUUCUCGAUGGCCUUCAUAUUGCGCAAAUGUUGAGUCUCGACUGUACUUUUCAUGAAAGAAUGUCGUGGAUAGAACUUUUCACUUUGUUACUGAAAAGAAUAGCAUUCAAGUAUCGUUGUAGUAUUGUCGUUACGAAUACUUUGGAUCGAAGAGGUGAGCCUAUGUUUGCACCUAGGUGGAGUUACUGUCCUGAUGUUCAUAUUUUAUUCGAAGAUGAUGAUUCUACCAAAUAUCAAAGUCAAGAAUUGGAAAUGAAACGUUAUUUAACAAUAUUAAGUAGAUGGAGUUACAAACAAACUUGUUGUAUACUACUUUCACCUCAACAUGACGAAAUAAACUCGGAUCAAUUUUGACCCCACAAAAUAUGACUCAGAAGCUCAUUUCCACUUUUUUGGUUAUCGAUUGGGGGAGGAUCUUGACAGGAUUGUUG